AUGGCGGUCGCCAUGGCGUGGCUGCGGCGGGGCGCUUGGGGCCCGGCCCGGCGGUGCGGACUGGCGGCCGGCCGGAGCUACAGCGGCGGCGGCGCCUACCCCAGCGUAUCGCUGACCUGCCCGCUGCCCGGCGUGCCCAAGGCGGUCUUCGCGGCGGCCGAGGGCCGGGAGAGGUUCGAAACUCGGGUGACGGUACUGGAGAACGGGCUGCGCGUCGCCUCUCAGAACAAAUUCGGGCAGUUCUGCACCGUGGGCCUUCUUAUAAAUUCGGGAUCAAGACAUGAAGCCAAAUACCUCAGUGGCAUCUCUCACUUCUUGGAAAAACUGGCCUUCUCCUCCACAGCUCAGUUUGGCAGCAAAGAUGAGAUCCUUCUCACCUUAGAAAAGCACGGGGGCAUUUGUGACUGCCAGGCGUCGAGGGACACCAUAAUGUAUGCUGUUUCUGCUGAUGCCAAAGGCCUGGACACAGUGGUCAACUUGCUGGCUGAUGUAGCGCUACAGCCCAGGUUAUCAGAUGAAGAGAUUGAGAUGACUCGAACUGCUAUACGAUUUGAGCUUGAAGACUUGAAUAUGAGACCUGAUCCAGAGCCUCUGCUCACAGAAAUGAUCCAUGCGGCAGCCUACAGAGAAAAUACAGUUGGACUGAACAGGUUCUGCCCAGUGGAAAACACUGACAAAAUUGAUCGAGAAGUCCUGCAUUCAUACCUGCGCAACUACUACACACCAGACAGGAUGGUCCUUGCCGGGGUGGGAAUUGAGCACGAGCAGUUAGUGGAGUGUGCGAAGAAAUAUCUGCUUGGAGUGGAGCCGGUGUGGGGCAGUGGGCAGACCAAGGACGUGGACAGAUCUGUGGCUCAGUACACAGGAGGCAUUGUCAAGGUUGAAAAAGAUAUGUCAGAUGUGAGUCUGGGCCCUACUCCCAUCCCAGAGCUUACCCACAUCAUGAUUGGAUUAGAAAGCUGCUCAUUUUUAGAGGAAGAUUUCAUUCCCUUUGCUGUAUUAAACAUGAUGAUGGGAGGCGGUGGCUCUUUUUCAGCUGGAGGGCCUGGCAAGGGCAUGUUCACCCGACUGUAUCUCAAUGUGCUCAACAGGCACCACUGGAUGUAUAACGCAACCUCUUACCACCACAGUUAUGAGGAUACAGGUCUCCUGUGUAUACAUGCCAGCGCAGAUCCAAAACAGGUUCGAGAGAUGGUGGAAAUCAUCACAAGAGAGUUCAUUCUAAUGGCAGGAGCAGUAGGAGAGGUAGAACUUGAGCGAGCGAAGACGCAGCUGAAGUCCAUGCUCAUGAUGAACCUUGAGUCUCGGCCAGUUAUCUUUGAAGAUGUGGGAAGGCAAGUGUUGGCAACAAACACAAGGAAGCUACCUCAUGAGCUCUGUGCCCUGAUCAGUCAGGUGAAAUCUACUGAUAUCAAGAGAGUGGUCACUAAGAUGCUUCAUAAAAAACCAGCUGUGGCUGCACUGGGUGACUUAACGGAUUUGCCCACUUAUGAACACAUCCAGGCAGCGCUUUCCAGCAAGGAUGGGCGACUCCCUCGGAUGUACCGGCUCUUUCGAUAAAACAGUGCAUCUUGCACAUGUCUGACAGACUUGCUUCUUUUUUAAUAUAUUUAUGAGAUUAUAAUGUUGCUGCAAGCAUUUUCCCCCAUCUUUCCAGGCAUACUGUUCAAACAUGGAGCUGUGCUACAGCUGAACAAAGCUGCUUCAGCACACUGGUCUGUAAAAGGCUCGUUAUGUCGGGCUUAAAGGCCUACCCUGGCUCUGGAUGAGUACUUUGACCCUCUGAAUAGGUUACAAGAGAAGAUGGGUUUAUACAGGCUUCUCUUGGCACUGGGGAGAAAAUGGCAAGCCAAAAUAAUCAUCACUACAACUGAAAGUGUGUAUCUAUCUGAGAAGGCAGUCACUGCUGUGUGUUACCACUUAAUCCUAUUAAUCAGCAGUAGAGGCGGGGCUGUCACACUGGGGGUCCUGGGGCGUGCCCUUGUUUGAGGAAUGUGGUGGCCUAUUAAAGAGCUUGGCUUACAUAUAGCUGAAUUCAAAGACUAUUUAUAGCUGUUACCAAGGUGAACAAAGUCUUGGUCAAACUGAAUUAGAAAAUAUUAGUUAUUAUCCAUGUGAAGUUAAGCAAAAAGUUUCCUGCAGUACAAGCAUCAUGGAUCCAUUUCAUCAGUGUCAUUUACCAUUUGCAGUACUACUAGAAAUCAUGUCUGGGAACAACUUCAUAAUUUUGCUAGAGCUCAGAAGAAAGUAGACCUAUGGCAUAACUAACAGUUUCUGGGGAGUCCAUAUACAGAGAUACUACACAUAAUUGCUACAUGGACACUUAGAACUAAAGCAAUCCUAUUCUUUAGGUUUUUCACUUGCAAGUGAACUAUGCUAAAGAAUAAAAAUUCUUUUACUCCAGAGUUAGUAUACAAACAGUGUGUUAUUAAAGGAGUUGCUACUGCACCCUAGUUUCUUCAAAUUGUCACACGGCUGAACUUGAGGUCUUGCAAAAAGAAGACAUAAUUGUCAGCCUCAGCAGAGAUGGAGCUCAGCUAGGCGUCCGGAUCAACAAAAUGAUGUUCAGAAAGCUCAUGAUCUUGAAAGCAACUCACACAAAGCUAAGUGCCAUGCAUUUGAUACACUGAAGAAAUGGAGACCCAGAAGAGAUGAAAUAAAGCAUCUGAUGUACGUAAUCCCCUAACAUAUGGGCUUAAAAAUGUAGACAUCUGCCUUGCAGCACUUCACUGGCUUGAUGUGCACUGUAAGGAGCAAUCAGACUGGGAGCAGAACACUGUGAGGCAGCUAUCACCUGCUUUGUCCUCAUACCUUUCCUCAUGCAACUAAGAAGAAAACAGGUUGCAUUGCUUCUUGUGGAACCCACAGUAUGGAAGUCCUAUUUAGUUGUUGUGUAUGUUUGUAAGAA